CGCCGUCCAAGAUAAUCACGCGCCGGUCCUGCUUGCACCUUGUUAGGUUUCUCCUUUGUUUCCCUCGUUCUGCUAACUCCGUAUUUUGAUGCGAUUCUUCUUCUAUGCUUCUAUGCUUUUCUGCUUUUAUUAGCUAGUUAGCUCCUGGUUGUUCUCACCCCGCGAAUCUCAUCCCGUUGACGAAGUACAGCAGCACUCAGAGCUGGUUGGCUUCAGUUCCCUCUUCCACCUAAACGGACUUUUCUACCCCCUGGAUUCAUCGUUGGAUUUGCCAACCCCAUCAUACAUGGCCGAAGUCGAGCCAUCCCUAAAUAUCCCUUCCCUCCUCACUCUCGCGGUUGUAUCGUUCUUCGUCAUCCGAUGGUUUUUCUCACGGCCUGGAGACGGGAAUGGGGACAGUUCGGACUCGAGCAGAGGCACCCGCCCGCGGGUCGACCCUGCGCAGGUUGAGCAGAUUGCGCAGAUGUUUCCACAGUUGAGCCGGAGGGAAAUCAUGUGGGAUCUACAGCGGAACGGAGGCAGUGUGGCCGCCACGACAGAAAGGGUGUUAGCUGGACUGGGAUUAGAAACUCCUCCUCCUUAUUUUCAGCCAAAUAUUGUUGCAUCUCCAAGUCCUGGAAGCACAGCUGCUUCAACGUCACCAGCCCCAUCCAAACCGCCUGUGGAUGAUCUCAUUUCUCGAUAUAACCUGAGUUCGCGACUUCAGGAAGAAGUCUCCGGGAGUACGACCGGUGUGGAUACCGGCUCUGACACGAUCAUGCGAUCGGAAAGUACUUGGUCACAAAACAAAAUGGAGCGGCAACGGCUUUUACAGAAACGCAGGGAUGACAUGAUUCUAGCGGCAAGAAGGAAGAUGUUGGAGAAAGAUCGCGUAGCCGGUCAAUUAUAA